AUGGCACCUCCUAUCUGCACCAAGACUUUCAAGCUGAACAACGGCAUUGAAUUCCCGGCAGUUGGUCUUGGCACCUGGCAAGGCAGUAAAGGAACAGAUGAUGAGAAGGCUUUGGAAGAGUCGAUCAUCCACGCCUUGAAGGUGGGCUACCGCAUGGUCGACACCGCUCAAAUCUAUGGUGUCGAAGAGGUCGUGGGCAGAGCCAUUCGCAAUAGCGGUGUGCCUCGUUCUGAGAUCAUUGUCGUCACCAAGUUCUGGGGCGAGUGGCACCAUGACCCGGCUGCAGCUCUGAAGAUCUCACUGGACACCCUUGGCCUCGACUACAUCGACGUCUUCCUCAUGCACUGGCCCUGGGCUACAACGCCUGCCCCUGAGAAGAAGCCUCUCAAGAAGCAUGAGAGCCCGACGAUCGUCGAGACCUGGAAGAAGAUGGAGGCAUUGGUCGGAGAAAAGUGCAGAGCCAUUGGUGUCAGCAACUUCAUGCCUAAGGUGAUGGAUGAGCUGCUCGCCGAGGCCAAGAUCGUGCCUGCUGUCAACCAGGUUGAGUUGCACGCUUUCAACCCCAACCUGAAGCUGGUACCUUACUGCCAAGAGAAGGGUAUUCACGUCACCGGCUGGAGUACUUUGGGCGGUUCUCGCACGACAAAGAAUGAGAUUCUCAGCCACGAGCUCUUUACAAGCAUCGCCAAGUCGCACGACUGCUCUCCUGGUGUUGUCUCGCUCUCAUGGGCUGUUCAGCGCGGCACAACGAUCAUCCCCAAGAGUGCGAACAAGUCUCGUAUCGAGGAGAACAUCCGCUUGGUCACUCUCACGGAUGAGGAGAUGAACAAGAUCAACGAGGCUCACAAGAUCAUCAGGAAGGAAAGAUUCUCAGAUGGCAUCGACAAGCAGGGCUGGGACAACAUCGAUAUGGGAUACGAAGACGAGAAUGGCAACUGGCUGGCCUAA